AUGACGAGGGAACUACGUGAGGUCAUCAAAUGUCGGAAGGAGAUACUCAACAAGUCCAUGGUCAAGGUUGCCAUCUCUAAGAGUGGCAACAAGGUGGAUAUGCGCAGUUCUGCAUCGUACCCUCGGCUCUUCGGCUCGAGGAUUGCUGAUCUUAAUGUGUCUUGGAUGGAGAGUGAUGCGCCCCUUCCAGAUCUCACAGCAUUGAUUUCUGCUGGCUUCCACGAAGUGGAUUGGAGCAGGGCCAAUUUGGAGCCAAUCCUCACUUUGGUCAAACACGCUGUGGAGCAGGGUGAGUUUGAGGAGGAGGCGGAGGAGAUGGAGGAGGAGGAUGCGGAGGCGGAGGAGGCUGCAAAGGCACCCCCGAAGAUGAAAGUUGCUGCGCCUCCUGCGGGGAGCAAGGCGCAUUCGUCUGCUGACCACUUCGACGAGGAUGAGGAGAUGAGGGCUUUUGAGGAACGCUUGGUGAAAACAGGUAUUCCGGAUGCUGCUGCGAAGACUCCAGCUGCAGUGGCAACCCCUCAGAAAGCUAGGAAGAAUGUGACUCCAAUGAGCCCUCCCCCCGAAACCAAGAAGACCAAAGUCAGCAGUCCUCAGCGUCUGGUUCAGAUUCAAGACACCCAAGAGCAAGAACCUGCAGAAGAGAGCCAGCGACCAGAUGACCCAAUGCAAGUUGAGAUUGAGCAGGCCGAUGACACUCCGAAAGAUGUUCCGACAGAGCCAACUGUUGCUGAUCCCGAAAGCAAUGGUCCUCCUGUUCCUCCAGCUGAGAAAGAACCAGGUGCCUCAAUUCGCAGAACCGAGACCACGACCACCAUCCCUGACAUGGGGCUUGAAAGUCACUUGUUCAUGCGACAGCUUGCUGGUGAACAUGACGUGCAUGACAGGGAGGUCUUACACACGCGAAUUGAGGAGUGGAUGUGUAAGAUGUUCGAGUGGCAUGGUCCUGGGGUUGAUUGGGUUAUCGAGACCGAUCCCCUGAUUGCCCCCCAUUGCAAGCAGCUGGUUCUCUUGCUAGAGGAGAGGGACAGAUUGGGUGUUGAACUGAAGGAAACUCAGAAGGAUGAAGGUGUGAAAACAGCAUCUGUUCUUACGGCCUAUGCCAAGAUGUCGGAAAAACUAGGGGAAAUGGUUGGAAAACUGAAUGAAAAUGAAGCAGGGUUGGAAGCCCGAAAAGAAUCUUUGAACACUUGGAAAGAGGGCAAACUUGAAGUGAUCCAAUCCAGUACCAAAGAAGUUCAACAUCGGGUGAGCAUGGUAAACUUGGAGAUCCGAAAGCGCAUGGAUAUGAUCAUCGAUGCCGCCCAGCAUGAACCAGAUGUGGUUCAUGUGGAUGAAGAUCCACUGAUGGAAGAGCUCGAGCAGUUGAUGUCGAAUUGCCCCACCCCUUCUGGGGACAAUGGCCCUUGGCUGAACUCCAAGACUUUGAUUUUGGGGGAAGAAGCUUCGCCUAGCCCGCAACCUCAAGAUGCCCAGACUCAAAGGUCCUUGCCAACGACCCCAGAAAGUAAAACGAAAGCUGAUGAGACCAUGGGAGAUGGAGAGCUUAAAGUUGAACAAACUGAACCCGAUGGUGGUGCCCCCAAGCAAGUGGAAAUGACCCAGCCAACCCCGGAAGAGACAGCAUUGAAGCACAUCAAUGGCAUGGAGGAUGGUCCCAUGAAAUCAGCUCUGCUUGCUUUGUGCGAAGCUUCAGUUUCCAAGGCAUUGUCUUCGGCCUCGUCGGACCUGCCAAGAGAGGCAGUGAGAGCAGCGGUCAAGGUGAUGGAGAGGAAGGACACUACCCAGCUCCAGGCAGAGCAUCACCUCAAUGAUGAUGGUGCUGAGCUUCAACCAGAUGGAACUUAUCUGUAUCAGGGCCCCAAUGGGAGGAUGGAGACAUGGUCGCAACGCUGUGCGCGUUUGCGACACAAUGAGAAGGUGGCCUUCAACAGAAGCCUUCGCCACGCACCAGAUGAAGUGGUUAGAUCGGCGCAAAACAAAGGUCACAAUCAUCUUCUGAAUGCCCAGCUCUUUGAAGACUGGAUCUCGAGCGGCAAAUGCUGGAUGCGGUCAGCCACAUAUUUGAACGCCAAAAGGUCCAAGGAAGAGAAGAAGAGAGGUUGCUACGUCAUGAAAGACAAAACAUGGCUCGUAGAGAAAUAUGGGUUAACUGCAGCAGAAACGAUCAUCGAAAACAAGAAGCAGCUCCAAGCCCAAAAGAAACCACAUGAACCGAACUAUGUAAUGGACAACCCCGACAUCCCAGGGAAGGAUCAUGCCCUGUACAGGGUCUUCGAUUCGCUAUCUUUUGAGAAUGAAGAGAAGAACCAAUGGGAGACAGGAGUGACCAUGAAUGGUGAUUUCUCGGAGGAACAAUCCCUAGAGCUAGGGCCAUCUAUGCUUCAGGGAGCUAAGCAGUUUGGCUUAUUCGGCAAUACUGGAUCCAGUGGUGAUGCGCCUGAUCCUCGCAACACCCGUGAACUUGGGAAUGGCAAGCCUGGAGAUCAGCACAGAGACAAGAAACCCAAGAAACCUGUGGGGAUGAAAAAACAAUGUGGCCAAAAAAAUUCGAUGCUUUCCAACAAGCUCACAGAUUUGAAAGUUCUUCGAAACAAGGUAGAACAUUCACCCCUGUCGCAGUCCAUGAAAACUGGAUACUUGGCUGAGUUGGAUGCUCGUGCAGGUGAAAUGACAUCGAAAAAGGCAGAGCUUGAGAGCCACUACAUGGUAGAAAAGUCAGAUGAGGAGAUUGAACAGGAUGAGGCCAUGAAGUCGAUGCUCAAGAAUGCUGUAGAUUCGGUUGAAAAACUCCUUCCUGCAUUUACCACCACGUGCAGGUCUGUUAAGCUUGCUAUCGAAUCUCGAUAG